AUCAGAUCACAGCAGCUCUUUUACAAUGAAAAGCAGACAGCUACAGCCGGCCGAGGAGCAUUGAAAAUUACAUUCAAUAGGAUCAGUCAACCGGCCAUUGCCAGCAUCACUGCUACAGCUAUGCCCAUUGCAGAGCUUUUGGGAGUCCAGUUCGACAUGCAGCUGCUGCUGAAACUUAGUGUCUCUGUAGCAGCAGUACUGCUGGUUUCCUGGGCCUACAGAUUCUACAGUUCCAGGAAUGUGAAGAAUCCUCAACUCUGUGCCGCAGACAGGAAAGGGCCACAAAAUGCAACCUGUCAAAACUGCAAGACGACAUUACAACGUAAAAGCUCACCAAAACACGACAAGGAUGAUAAGGACAAGCAAUCCAAACCCUUGCACGCGGACUCAGCCACUGAUGACCUGACAUCUGACAGCACCAAGGAAAUACCGGCAGAAGCUCAUCCACACCAAGUUGAAAAGAGUGAUGAUGCAUUUAGUGCAUCAAAUAGUGACCAAGAUAUCAGAAUGAAAGGAGAGAUACUCACUCAUCGGAAGCAGGCACAGGUCCCCACCAGAAAUAUUUCAUCUGGACCUGCUUUGAACCUUUCUGAUCCAACAGAGAGUGGGAUGGCCAGUACAAUGGGGCGCCGCUCCCCUUGCUUUUUGCAGAAGUUGGAGAGCAGUGUGGGUGUGGGCAGGGAGUUAAGGCAGGACUUGGAGCACCAGGGGGCCUACUCCAGCUUCCUCUCCAAGGCAGAGAUCAAAGUGGAGGACGCUAACGUAGUGCUGGAAGGAGCAGGGGACCAGAUUGUGCGUGGAAAGAUAUAUGAUUACUAUGUUGAGUCUUCCUCUCAGUCCAUUACAGAUAUAAACAAUGUGACUGGUCAAUAUGAGAAGAGCUCUGAGUCAGGGCCAGUGGAAUAUGGAAGCCGUGGCAGCAACCUCACAGAGUCUCCUUCCUCUUUAAGCCCCAUCAUUAUGCGUGAUCUGGUUUUACCACAAAGCACUGUUGAGGAUGCCGCCUCACUAGGAAGCCUCAAGCUGAGGCACCCCGCAAGGCCUGUACUCCUACGCAAAGAGAGCUAUCUGUCUGCAGCAGAGGAGUCUGAGCUUUCCAUCCCUUUUCUAACUUCAAGAGCCUCAACUCCAAUGACUCACUCUCUGGCCUCAGCCGGCGAUGAGUCUAUCUCUGUUCACCCUGUCAGCAGUCCCUCCACGGACUGCAAAGGCCUUAAUACAAGGGAGGGGGUUGAUCUAGAGACUCUAGCAGGGGCUCCAUUUUUACACCUUCCAGCAAAAAUCCCUGAUGAUACAGAUUUCGAAAUCCUAAAGAGCAAGCUUGAUCUGGGUAACUGUUUGGAGACACUUUACCUGGCCAAGAAACAUGGACAAAAGACUGUGCAGCAAGCAGCCCUGGGGGUCAUGUCAGACAACUACCUUCAGGUGCUCAGGGACCCCAACCUUUAUGGUCGGCUAAUGGCUGAUGAGCGGGAGAAAAUCCGGAAGCAGAGGAUGAUGGGGAGAAAGUUUGUCAUGGUUGCAGACAUGGACCCUCAAGACUGGGUAAGAAGCAAAGAGGGGCAGACAGGGCAGAGGAGGAUGUCCAGUGCAGUGUAUUAUUAUGAUGACUACAAAGAUGUCUGGCAUACACUCUGCCUGAUCCCACAGGAGGUCAUCUCUAAAGCCUGUGCCAUGUGCACAAUGGAUAACUACUUAUUUGUGGCAUUAGGCUGCCAAGGCACAGACAGAGAAAUGACACCGUCAAAGCGAGUGUUUUGCUACAAUCCCUUGACAUCCAUCUGGAAAGAGAUCAGUCCCAUGAAUGAAGCCAGGCCUCGCUGCAAACUGGCAGCACUGGAGGGCUACAUAUACGCCAUCGGAGGGGAGUGCCUCUCCUCGGUGGAGCGCUAUGACCCACGUUUGGACAGAUGGACAUUUGUGGCUCCGCUGCCUAAUGAUACAUUUGCUGUGGCGCAUCAUGUCACAGUGUGCAAUGGGGAACUUUUUGUGUCUGGGGGUUCUCUUCGAUAUAUGCUGUUGCGCUACACCCCUAAAACCAACACCUGGAGGCCAAGUCUUGUAGUAGGCACCAAAGACAGAACUGCAGAUAUGGUGGCUGUGGGGAGAUUUCUGUAUCGGUUUGAUGUUAACCCGCUGCUGGGUGUCAGUGCAUACCGAUACCAUACAGUGGCUCGACUGUGGUAUGAGUGCAGCUCCAAGCGGCUUCUGCGCUGCCCUGCUUUCCAGUGUGUCACGAUGGAUGGCACAAUCUAUUGUGUCAGCCGCCAGUUCACUAUGAAGUUCGAGGCUGAUGAGAUCUCCCCUGCUUUCAUAGAUGAGGAUUUGAGUGUCCUAUCUGCAGCCAAGGGCAUACUUUUCCCCUUUGUCCUUUCACUACCUGAUAAGAAGCCUCGGCAGACAAGUGUGUAACAAGGAUUCCGUUUUCCAUUGAUGAUAAGAUUACAUGGUGAUUGAGUAUACCUUCAAGAGGAUGCUUUACAUCAAGUUUAUUGUUGACUGAGUGGGUUUUCUUUGGUCAGGUUUAUGUUCCACCUAGCUCAACCCCAAAUGUUACUGCAAAAUUGUAACCACUAUGCUGUCAUUUCUUUGAGAUGUUAUUAAGAUCUCUUUUCCUGAAAAGCCACAAAGCUUCUGUUUCUUAAUCAACAUUAUUUUUCUUGGAUUGGAUAUUACACUAAGAAUUGUGUGUUUCUUAUGUCUCAUCCUUGGCAGUAGAUGUAAAGUAUUAGUCUCGUAAUGGUAGUCAAACUACUGUUUGCUUAGAUUUACACAGGGUGUGCUGCCAUGUAAAUUGUUUGCUUCUUUGAUUUGCCACUCCCUCCUGCCAUUAUGUUGGUUUUAUAUCAUCCCAGAUGCUUAACCUCUUUACUGUAAAGCUAAUCCAUUAUAAAGUCUCAGAGUAAAUUAGUUCAUCCAACUCUAACUCACAGAGAGUGGGCAAUAUAGUGAUAAUCUAUUACUGUGUUCUGUUGUAUAGGGCACAAAUAUAACUUACACAGUGGCCUGGAUACAAUGCAAUUAUCUACAGUUGCUCUUUAAGUAUGACAGGGUGUAAAUGGGUAUGUCAUAUAAUAUGAAUAGGUGAGCUUCUAAAGCAUUUGUCUCUGCAUUUGAAACUCUUCCAACACUCAGACUUGAAAUUAUUUUUAUAAUUCCAGUCACUCUCCUUUGGUGGUUGGAAAAAAAUGGAUUUGUUUUAAUCUUUU